GACGUAGACGUUUUUUGUUUAUUUUUAAUAAUUGUAAAUAAAUUCAAAUUUUUGUAAGUUUAAAUCUUUGUAUAGAGAGCUUUGAGGUCGACUUCAGAUGUAUUGACAGGUGAGUUUCGGUAAUUUUAUAAUCUUUUUGGAAAAAACACUUCUCAAACGCUCAAUGAGUCUACAAUUAACUGGACCAAUGAUAUCAUAUAUUUCCAUUAUUAGUUUUAAUUGAUAAAUCAAAAACAAUUUUACCAAAUUUUUUCUAAAUAAAAUAAAGGUCUCUAAAAGAACAGCAAUGAUUUAAAAUUGAUUACAAUUUUUAAUUUUAAAGAACUUCAAUUUCACAAAAACUCUGAAAUAUCGAAAUUAAACAAAAUCGAUUGUUUUCCUUUCUUAAGAACCUAGAGGUUGUAUGAGGCAUAUAAUAUUUAAACGGCAAAAAACUGCAUUGUUUUAAUACAUAAUCAAUUCCCCUGGUGGGUUUCUGGGGGCUCAAAUGUCUUAAAAUUUUCAUAAUAAGUUUAUUUUUUUUAAAAGGGGCGAAAAUGAAAUAUUGCAUUAAAGUGCCGUGUGCACUUCUGGCGUUAUCCGUGUCGUCUUAAUCAAUCCAGCGGCGAGAUAAAAAGCCGUGCGCGGCAUUAGCAAGCAUGACCAGCCUCGAUAAGCUGGUGUGCGUGAAAGACUUUGAGGACCGAGCCGCGAGUCUGUUGGAAAAUCAUGCCCUGGAAUACUUCAAAACGGUGGCAGGGCACGGAAAUUCAUUUCGCGCUGCCAAGGAUGCCUAUCUCAGGGUGAAACUGAAGCCGCGCGUGCUGCGCAACGUUUCAAAAUGCUCUGUUGCGGCGACCGUUUUAAACCGCACUUGCGGCCUGCCGAUCGGCAUUUCGCCGUGGGCCGUGCAGAAGGUGGCGCACCCUGAGGGCGAAGUAGGCAGCGCCAGGGCAGCCGAGGCGGUCGGCGCCGUGUUCGUGCUCAGCACCAUGAGCACGGUCGCCCUGGAGGAGGUGGCGGCCGCGGCGCCCCGCGGUCGCAACUGGCUCCAGACGUACAUCUACAAGGACAGAAAGCUCACCGAGAGGCUGGUCAAGCGAGCCGAAAAGGCCGGAUUUGAGGCAAUCGUCAUUACGGUGGACGCGCCAGUCAUCGGAAUUCGAUACGACGAUGCUAGAAGCCAAUUUACUCUGCCACCUCACUUGGAGCUAGCCAAUUUCAAGGAGACCAAUCAAAGCAGCAGCUCUAACAAUCAGACUUUGCUGGACAGAAGCGUCACUUGGAAAGACAUCAAAUGGCUAAAAACAAUUACAGCGUUGCCGAUAGUUUUGAAGGGCAUUCUGUGCGCUGAGGACGCAGAAUUGGCUUUACUGCACAGCAUUGACGGAAUAAUUGUCUCGAGUCACGGAGGAAGACAGUUGGACACCGUUCCUGCCCCCUUAGAAGUCCUGGCGGAAAUCGUUGAUAAGUUAAAAGGGUCCAGCUGCGAGGUGUACGUUGACGGCGGAAUUUCCACAGGGAGCGACGUGUUCAAGGCGCUUGCCAUCGGCGCGAAAAUGGCGCUUAUCGGUCGGCCUGCCGUUUGGGGAUUGACCUGCGGAGGUCAGCACGGCGUCCAAAAGGUGCUCGACAUUCUCAGAAACGAGCUGGAAACUACAAUGAUGCUCUCUGGUGUGUCGGACGUGUCGGAAAUUAACAGAAACUAUGUCAGAACUCCAUCUGAUUGGUUUGAGUAGUACUAUGUCUAGUUCAAUUAAAAAUAGAGAUUUAUUAAGUAUAAGAAUUAAAUUUUUCUUGAGCAUCGA